AUGUCAUCUUCAGCUCUACCUAAAACCAUGCGAGCGGCGGUAUCAUAUUCCCCUGUACCUCCUGAUUCUUUCCCGGUUGAAGAUAUACCUAUAUCUGAGGUUAAAAUGGGACAGAGUUUGAUCAAGAUCAUGGCGAGUGGGAUGAGUAGAAGUGAGAAGUAUACUCGGCAAGGUAGAUUCACCAAGAUCCUCGAACUUGUCGGUGCUGCAAUACUCCGAGAUUCUAUUUUGUUGUGGGGCGAGACAAUUUGGAAAAUACCAUUGGAGAAAAUCGUGAAAGAUGGUGAAGAAGGGAGAUUCAAAGUGAAAGUGGGGAAAGUUUUGGGGUUAGAGGAGGUUGGGAAAGCACAUAAGGUUAUGGAGGAAGGUAAAGCUGGUGGAAAGAUGGUUUUGGUCAAGCAUCAUUAG